AUAAAAGAAUGCGGAGCUCGGCGCGCCACGCACAUUCCCCUACAGCACCAUCGCCAUGGGAUGCCAGAGCUCCAGAGUGCGAGUGGUUCAGACCACGGACGGGAGGAAGAAAGGCUGGGGAGAGAAAGGCAAGCCGGCAGCCCAGGAUGAACUAAAGUCUCCAAGAAACACUGGUACAAAUGGCAGAGAUGGAUCAGCACUGUCAAAAGGAACUAUGGAUAGUGGCUUGGGUCCUGAUGAUGAGGGUGCAGGUAACCAUCUACCAGGAAUAGUAGAAGCAACUUCUCCAAGAAGAGCAAAUGUUUUGAAUAACGAUGUGUCUUUGCUGAACAGACAAGCAGACAUAAGGGAACGUCAAACUUCCACUGAUAUCCUGGAGGAGCUUAUGUCUGAAGGAAUAAUACAAAGUGAGACCAAGGUUGUUAGAAAUGGGGAAGCCUACGAUGUCAUGAUGGAGAAACCUGGAAAAUCUUUAAGAAGACCUCCUGCAAAGCUGGAGAAACUAAAAACCAAAAAGAAGAAAAAUAAAAGUCUAACUAUGGAAGCUAUUGAAGCUAAAAUGAAGGCUGCUGAAGAAAGAAGAAAGACAAAGGAAGAGGAACUAAAGAAAAGGCUGCGUGAAAGGCCAAUGACUGCGUUGCCUAGUGUGUCUCAAUUUAGAAGGGAUGGGGCUUUUACUCCUGAUGAUGGACAAGAAGGUGAAGAAACAACUACUGAAACCUUAGAUUCUGCUGCACUGGAAAAUGUAAUGAGCGAACCAACAGAGAGUCUCAGAAUUCCAGCUGAAGAGCUUGAUGAAAUAGGUGCUGUGGAAUCUGACAACACCUAUAACAAACCCAGUGAUCAGACCGAUGACUUUGAAAAUGAUCUCUUUUGAUGCAAACUCACUUAGAUAAACAGAUGUACUUUGAUAUCUGCAGCUGAGCCUAGAAACAUAUACUGCAGUUUUAUUUUAGGAUUGCACUUCAUAUGCAAUUCCGUAAGAUGAUUAUUUCAGGUGCAUGGAGAAAAUAAUCCUAAUCAAUAUAUGAAUU